GGGCUUCACGUUUAUUGCUUCGAUGUUCGGUUCGAUUUUCGGAUACGGAUUUUUGAAGCUUCUCUCACAAACAAAUCUCCCUAUCAUCGGGGGCACGUUCGGACCCCAAGAGAAGUAAAUCAAACCCCUCUUUUCUGACUCUAAUAUUGACGCUGAUCUUGGUAAACUAGCUCAAUCGUACAAGCGGCGGCCACCGGUGCCGGUGGUAUCGCCGGUAUCUUUGUCGCCGGUAUCCCCGCCAUGUACCGACUUGGACUUAUGGACAGCACGCCUUCCGGCGACAUCGGAAAGAUAUUUACCUUGACCAUCUGCUGUUCUUUUUUCGGAAUCUUCUUUGUCACACCGCUCCGGAAGUUCUUCAUCAUCCGGACUGCCCGGGAGCUGAAGCUCAUGUUUCCCACCCCGACCGCGGCCGCCUUGACAAUCAGGUCCAUGCAUGCGGGUAUAAAAGGAGCCCAAGAAGCUGCUAGUAAGCUGAAGGCGCUUGGCUUUGCCUUCUGCGCCUGCAUCGGCCACCGCGUCGCAUCAUACUACGCCAUUGGAAUCCUCUACGACUGGCACGUUUUCACCUGGAUCCAUAUCUGGAGCGGUUAUACGUCUUGGGCGAUGAACAUCGAGAGCUGGGGAUGGUAUUUUGAAUGGACGACUGCCUUUAUUGGCUCAGGAAUGUUGAUCGGAAUGAACUCUGCUUGUUCAAUGAUGGCAGGUAGUAUCUUGGCCUGGGGCCUUAUCGGCCCCGUUCUCGUUCACUAUGGCGAAUGUAUUGGGCUCGAUGCUUCCGAUGGAGACCCGAAGUGGAACGGCUACUACAGUUUCACGUCUCUGAAGAACGUUGGGAGCGGCCCCCCGUCCCCGCGAUACUGGCUGUUGUGGCCCGGGGUCAUGGUCAUGGUGUGUUCAUCAAUGGGAGAGUUGCUAGUCCAUUGGAAGAUCAUCUACUACGGCUUCAAGGCUGGCUGGAAAUCCAUCUGCUUGUCGGUCCAUCAGACCGCCAUGAAGCGGAACAAGCGGAUCGAGUUCUUCGCCAAGUAUGCCGAGGCAGAAGAGAAGAUGGACGCAGACCAUGUCGAGGACCCUGCCAGGCCUGACCAACAAGUCAACACAUGGAUCUGGGUUACUGGUCUUUUUGCGUCUAUCGUUUUGGCCUGCAUUGUUAUGGGAGUUCAAUGGCAUGUCAACGUGGGCGUCACGAUUCUGGCCCUCGUCCUCGCCUUUUUGUUCUCUUUCCUGGCCAUCCAGAUUGGAGCUGUUACCGACCAGACACCUCUUACAGCUGCGGCAAAGGCUGCUCAGCUAGUUAUUGGCGGUACCACAACUGGGGCAGGAUACACGGUUCAACAUGCUCAGCGUAUUAACCUCAUCUCUGCUGGCUUGGCGGCCGGCGCCGCCGACGUUGCUACAUCCCUUACCUCCGAUUUCCGUACUGGCUUUCUUCUCGGUACGCCACCCAAGAAACAGUUCAUUGCUCAAGCUAUAGGCACUUUCGUGUCGGUUUGGCUCGCACCCGGAUUGUUUGUCUUGUUCACCUCGGCCUAUCCCUGUAUUACGAAUGCCGAGCUGGAUCACUGUCCUUUCCUGGUUCCGUCUGUUAGUGCCUGGGCUGCAGUUGCCGAGGUCGUCACCAGCCCCGAUGUCCCCAUUCCGCUCUCUUCCGGCAUCUUUGCUAUCGUUCUCGGUGUCUUUUCCAUCCUGCAGGUUUUCUUCCGCUACUAUUACCUCACCGGUUCCCGCGAGAAGUACCAACAAUGGCUUCCCAACUGGGGGGCCAUUGCCCUGUCAUUCGUCAUUCCAGGUCCUGUGUUCGUCAAUGCUGCCUUUUUCGGCGCCAUAAUCGCCUUUGUCUGGCGCAAGUGGAAGCCUGCGAGCUUCGAGCUUUACGGAUAUGCCAUCGCCGCCGGUAUGAUUGCUGGAGAGGGAAUGGGUGGUGUCAUUGGCGCCGCGCUGCAAUUGGGAAACGUCUCGAGCGACAGAUACGGAACCGGCGGUCUCGCUUGUCCUAUGGACGCUUGCUAAGUUGUGUUGAAUGAUCUUGACAGUGUAACUCAACACGAUGCUUUGCGAGAGAUUUUUACAAUAAUCUGAGCUGCUAUAUCAAUGGCAAGAAUUCUACAAAUGUUGACAUAUUUGUCAAUAAGAAGCAUGCAGCGUUAGAAUGAAACGACUUGAAAGGCUACAAGACAUGCCGCGAUGAGCGCGGCUGCAGUCUACUUUACUGGAGUCUUUCAAUGCGCCUUUAUGCCUACUUUUCCUACCAACUGGGGUACAUUGGGUUACUUCUUCAGAUGAUGUUAGUAGACCACCCAAUCAUUGACUUGAUAGAUAGGGGAAAGCACGCAUAGUCAUCUUGACCAAUUCUCGCGUCUCUGUCAAGAUUGCCACCAUUACAAACUUAUGUGAGGAAGUUUCUAAGCGCUUAGACUUACCUUGGCCCCAUAGUUGUGUUGGUAAAAUUUUACAACCCGUGCAUUAUCAUCUCAACAAC